GCUGCAGUUGCCUGAUUGCUCCGCAUUGUCGGUGAUUGAGUCACGCACAAACUGAAGGACACUGUGAUUGUGGACCCUUGUGCGCGGCCCUUCCCGCGACUGCAGCCUACCCACCUCCAUCAUUACCACUUAAACCUCCAGCUUUCCGACUCCCACCAGACCCAACUCACCAACCUCGACCACUUCCGCAACCACCACCGCGCAACCUCCCGCCUCGAUCAACGCAUCGCAACACCAAUACAUCCAUCAAUCCAAUCACACAAAUAUCCGCAAACAUGUCUGCCGAAGCAGAGCAGAACAUCAAGCUCGUCUCGAGCGAUAAUGUCGAGCUCCAGACCACGCGCAAAGUCGCCGAGCGCUCAAUGCUCAUCAAGAACAUGAUCGAGGAUCUCGGCUCUCCAGGCGAUGAGCCUAUCCCGAUUAUGAACGUCUCCGAGGCGGUCCUCCGCAAGGUCCUCGAGUGGUGCGAGCACCACAAGAACGAUCCCGCCCCGUCGCAAGACGAUGACGCCGAUUCCCGCAAGAAGACAACCGACAUCGAUGACUGGGACCAGAAGUUCAUGCAGGUGGACCAAGAGAUGCUUUUCGAAAUCAUCCUCGCAGCGAACUACAUGGACAUUAAGGCACUGCUCGACGUCGGCUGCAAGACUGUCGCGAAUAUGAUCAAGGGCAAGUCGCCAGAAGAGAUCCGCAAGACGUUCAACAUCCAGAACGACUUCACGCCAGAGGAGGAGGACCAGAUCCGCCGAGAGAACGAGUGGGCUGAGGACCGCUAAACAUCACCUCCUCCGCUUCUCUGAACUCUCCGUCCGCACACUCUCUUCCUCUCUGAGUACCCUGCACCUUCCCCAUUCUUGCGCAUUUAAGGCGGCACAUUUCUACCACAACUGGAUCUGGCUGCUUGGAGUUGGGCGCAAUAAAUGGGCAUGGGAUUGACAUGGCUGGGCUUCACACAUCUCGAUACGAACAAUCACGACUACGAUGAGCCACGAUGCUACCACUGCUCCUCUUCCGGCGUCUGCGAGCGGCCUGUUACUAAUAGGCGGCGGCGGCUGGAUUUGAGCGAGCGGUACAGGAAUAAAAGCACGUGAGUGGGCAGAAAGGUGUCGGCCAUGCGACACCAGGCGCUGCAAAAACGCUGUCUCUUGGGCUUAGACAGCUGGAAUGAAUAUCUUAUCAAAACAUCCUGUGCACUUCUCACUUCCCUGUUCGUAACAUUCUCGUCGUGCAUGCUCG